GGCUGGUGCCUGCUGCGGUGGCAGCGUAAUGUGAUUGACUCAGUCAGCCGGGGAUAGCAGUAGGUGCGGGGCUGCUGUGGCGCGAUGCCCAUGUACAAGGUGAGAUCCUUUCACGGGGCGCCCGGCGCGGUGCGGGCCGAGCAGCUCCCCACCUGCAUGUACCGGCUGCAGAACCUGCACCGCGGCCCGGCGGCCGCCGCGCCACCGCACCAGGAAGAGGUUGACCCAUCACUUCUAGCACUUGAAUCCCGCCAAGAAGAGAUCUUAAAACGCUUGUAUGAACUUAAAACUGCUGUUGAUGGGCUCUCAAAGAUGAUACAAACACCAGAUGCUGACUUUGAUGUAACUAAUAUAAUUCAAGCUGAUGAAUAUGCUCCUUUGACUGCAAACGCAGCAGACUUAGAUUCAAUGCUUGGGAAGGAUUAUGGUGCUCUGAAAGAUAUUGUGAUCAAUGCAAACCCUUCUCAACCUCCAUUGUCACUGCUAGUACUGCACAGUCUGCUGUGUGAGCGUUAUAAGAUUUUAUCAGCUGUUCAUACACACUCAUCAGUGAAAUGUGUGCCAGAAAACCUCUUGAAAUGCUUCGGUGAGCAGACUAGGAAACAAUCACGUCACGAGUAUCAGUUGGGCUUCACUCUCAUUUGGAAGAAUGUUCCCAAGCCCCAGAUGAAGUUCAGCAUUCAAACCAUGUGUCCCAUUGAAGGAGAAGGAAAUAUUGCUAGAUUUUUGUUCUCCUUAUUUGGCCAGAAGCAUAAUGCAGUCACUUCAACUCUGAUAGACAGUUGGGUGGAUACAGCCAUCUUCCAGCUGAAGGAAGGUAGCAAUAAAGAAAAAGCAGCAGUCUUACGCUCCAUGAACACCACCCUUGGCAAGACACCCUGGCUGGGGGGAAAUGAACUCACUGUAGCAGACAUCGUGGCGUGGUGUGCACUUCAGCAAACAAGUAGCUCUAAUGCCGUUCCAGCCAAUGUACAGAAAUGGAUGAAGUCUUGUGAGAAUUUGGCACCUUUCAACAGUGCCCUUAAACUAUUAAAAUGAGUAUGCACUCUUCCAAGGGGGAUUCUGUAGUUUUAUUCCACCUGACUGUUGUGGUGGUUGUGAAAGUCUCUUCUAAAAUGUAUUUUAGUAAGAUUGUGGACUGAAGUCUUUUAACAUCAAUUGUAAAAUCUUAUAUCAAUAAAGACAUUACAGUUGCCUUUU